AUGACUAAAAAAAAUGGUUAUAAAAUAAUUAUAGAAUUUCUUUUUAUUUAUACAAUUGCUUUCAAUUUUAUAUGUGAAUCCUUUUUAUUAAAGAGUAUAUAUUUCAAUGAAGUAUUAAAAAAAUAUAAUUUUAGUAAUACUAGAAAAGCUUUAAAAAAAAAAUUUUCACAAAUAAAAAAUGUACCAUCUACCCUCAUUACCACUGAUGAAGCUAACACUAAUGUAAUUAAAAAAGCAAAAUUAAAAAAAAAAGAAAAAAAAAUAUUAAAAAAAUAUAAAGAUUAUUUAGAUAUAAUACCAAAUAGAAGUAAAGAAUAUGAAAUUGUUGAUGCCUUAGAAAAAAUUAAAAUUUUAGCUGUACAUAAAUUUGUUGAAAGUAUAGAUGUAUAUUUGUCUUUUAGUCAGAAAAGAUCAAAAAUGACCAAAAAUGAUAAUAUAAAAACAUUUAUAACAUUUCCUCAUAAUUUAAAAAAAAAAAGAGAAAAAAAAAUUUAUGUAGUUACCAACAGGAAUAUGCAUAAAGUUGCUUGUGAAUCAGGUGCUGAUAUUGUUGGUGAAGACGAUGUAAUAAAUAAAAUAAAAGAAAAAGAAAUAAGAUUAAAAAAAAAAAAUAAUAAUUUUUUAUUAUCCACAAAUGAUGUAAUACAUAAAUUAACACGUGUCGGUAAAGAAAUAGGAAGAAAAGGACUAAUGCCUAAUGAAAAAUGUGGAACAUUAGUUAGCGAAUUCUUAUUAUCUAAACAUAUAAAAUUAUUUAAAUUUCAAAAUACUUACAUUUUUAAGUUAAAUAAGUUAAAUACAUUAAAUUUAAAUGUUGGUGAUGUUUAUAUGUCGAAUGAUGAAAUAAGAGAAAACAUUUGUUACUUGUUUGAGUAUUUAGAUAAUUUAGAAUUCUUUCAUUUUAAUUUUAAAAAUUUGAAAACAAUUUAUCUUUGUAGUACUAUGGGUUUCCCAUUUAAAAUAAAAAAAAAUUUUUUGUAA